AUGGACUUCCUGGGCGCGACGCUGAACAAUGCGAUGGGCGAGGGGUUCAACCUGACGGAGGAGAUCAACAAGGCGUGGGAGGAGCUCGACCUGCCCACGUGGGACAAGCUGGCCGAGCACGGUUCGGGCAGCUGGGAGAAUCUGCAGGAGUUCAUCGGCGCGGUCGAUUGGAACGAGCCGUGGUUGCUGGGCCUCGCCAUCUUCUACGCCACCCUCCUCAUCACCAUCUUCUGGACACGCAAGAUGUUCAACGUCCAGACCGCCCUCUGGAUUCUCAUCUUGGGACUGGUGGGUGCGGCACAGUACAUCAACGAGGUGGCGAUGGCCCACUGGGAGCUGUUUGCCGCCAAGCCCUACUUCACCAAGAACGGCUUCUUCGUGUCGGUCAUCUUCUCCUUCCCUCUCCUCCUCCUUGCUGUCGUCAUCACCAUCAACUUCCUGGUGAUGUCGUGCGAGAUGAUGGCCAAACUGAAGGCUGCGCAGCUGCGAGAGAAGCACAAGGACCAGCGCAAGAAGGCCAACUAA